GUCUAAGCACAGUAAGAAGGUCCUGGGUUUAUCUCCAGUCUGGGUCUUAGUCUUGGUCCCUGACUUUGUGUGGGUUCUCUCUGGUUACUCUGCCCUUCUCCCACUGUCUGAGCGUGGCUGGUGGUUACCCACUGUUUUAUGUCUUUUUGGAAAGCUAACCAGCUGUUUGUUCCAGCUCCAUAUUUACUAAACGGACAUGAGAUGUCAUUGUUCUCAUCUGGCAAGAAAGUGAAAAGGCACAUUUGCAAAUAUCUUAUAUUCUAGUCUUACUUUUAUAAGUAGAGACCAUUUAUCUGAAUUUGACGUGCUGGAGCACAGCCUGGCCCUUCUGGGCUGUGGUAUAGACAAAUCACCCCUUCUGGUCAUUUGUCUAUAAAUUUGUUCCCCUUCUUUUUGAGGUUAUAAAGCUCUCUCAAAGGUAUUAGGGGAUCUACCAGGCCCAUAGCAGCCACCGCCAAUGCAUAAUGAUCUCUGGCCUAGGUUGUUUAUUCAUUAUCAAGAAACAUUUUUCAUUUGUAUAUGAAGCUCUUGGAGGGGCAGGAGCGUGUGUGGUGCAGUGAUCAGCAGUCCUGGGUUCAAAUCUUGAUUAAAUGUGAGUGUGAAUGGUUGUCUGUCUCUAUGUGUUAGCGCGUCUACCGUUUGGCACAGGGCAAACACUCCUUUUUCCUUAUGACAUCUGGGAUAGGUUCCAGCCCAACCGCAACCCUAAAUUGGAUAAGUGGAAGAAAAUGGAUGGAUGCUUCUACUACAAAUCUGGAAGCGUUUAGUUCUUUGGACUCUUACUGGGUCUCAAUAAAUAUGUGUCCCUAUAGAAAAGGUAAGAAGCUACUGCUUGGCUGUGUAUGCAGCAAUAGGUUGCAUCUGCUGUUGUAGUUUGGACUGUAAGGCUUUGUGUUUUUAUGGGCCAUGUGUGUCUCACUAUCUGCCUGUCCUUUGAAUGCCCACAAACUGUAGAGGCGGUAGACAAAAAGUCCCACUCUCAUGGAGACUACUCUUCCCAUCAGGCUUAGCUGACCUGGUUUCAGUGCAGAGCGGAGCAGUGUUACUAUAUCACCACUCUACUCCUGAUCUCAGAACGCUGAUGUGAAAAGCCCGAAACUGAGCCGUAGCAGCAUGGACUAACAGGGUUGUUUGUUUUGCAGGCCUGUUGAUCCUUCAGUCAGCUGGAUCGGCAGCAAACUUGAGUUUGUUUCCACUUUUAGCUACGCUCAGCUUUUUCUCAGAAGCUCUGCGUUUUUCUUUCAGACUGAAUCCUCUCUCUCCAUCUGGCACAAGAGGAAGUGAGAGACAGUUGGCACUUGCUUGUCCAUACUGUAUUUGUGGUGCUAAAAUGGCAUGUUCUAUCUCAUCCGUCCUCCUUCCUCUACCUCCCCUCACCCUCUCCUGAGAGAAGUAACCCAGAUUUCAAAAUGAAUCGCCGCCUAUUCCCCUCAAUCUUUCUCCUCUCUCUCUCUUUCUCUCUCUCCAUAUUUCUGUUUUUUCUUCCUCUCUCUCUCGCCCUCUCUCUUUCUCUCUCCUUUUCUCUUUCUCUCGUCCUCCUCCUAGUAAAAACAGAAUCAAUCUUGGAAAGAGAAUACCACCUCUCUAUCUCGUCCUCCUCCUCACCCUGCCUCUGGGUUAACGGAUAUAUAUCACUUCACUUCUCUAUAUUUGGUUCCUAGAAAGCUUGAGUCUCUCAAAACGCUUGUUGCUUACCCAUUUUUCAUUUUUACAUUUUUCUUUUCAUUUUUUUCUUUUUUUGGGGCUGUUUUUCCCCUGCUAGCCACUGCUUUUUCUUCCCCCUGUUCUCUUUUUCCUGAGGUGACCAGCUACAGGUGUGACACCUUAGCCUUUCAUUUGAAGUGAGCCCGACAGAGAGGAGGAGGAGAACACGAGGAGAAAGACAUCUUCAGCUCAAAAGUUUCCUCCAAAAUUGUCCUAAAUUCAGGUCUUCUGCUCAAAGCAAAGCCUUCGUUACUGACACUCAUCAUCCAACCCCCCUUACCUUUUCAUCUUUUUACCGCAUCCUCCAGGCAUCAUGUCUACCCCAGUCUCCCCGUCCCCCUCGCUCUCCCCACUGACACUGGCCUCCCCUACAUCUGCAACCUCCCCCGGUGCCUCCCCUCUGCCCUCGCCUCUCUCCCCUCCGCCCAGGGUGCCCGUGUUUCAGAGGAAGGGAGCGCUCAAACACAAAAGGAUUGUCGAAGUGAAAGACCACCAGUUUACAGCACGCUUCUUCAAACAGCCCACCUUCUGCAGUCAUUGCACCGACUUCAUAUGGGGCAUUGGGAAACAGGGAUUCCAAUGUCAAGUUUGCAGUUUUGUGGUCCACAAAAGAUGUCACGAGUUUGUGACCUUCACGUGCCCCGGCUCUGUGACUGCCCCCACACCAGAUGACCUGAAGAGUCGACACACAUUUAAGAUCCACACGUACUCCAGCCCUACAUUUUGUGACCACUGUGGCUCGUUGCUGUAUGGCCUCAUACACCAGGGCAUGAAAUGUACCAGUUGUGACAUGAACGUCCAUCGGCGAUGCGAGACCAGCGUCCCCAGUCUGUGUGGCCAGGAUCACACAGAGAAGAGAGGGAGAAUCCAUCUGACCAUCAGAGGAGAAAAGGAGGACGUCUUUGUCACAGUGCGGGAGGCUCGUAACUUGAUGCCCAUGGACCCAAAUGGCUUGUCAGACCCGUAUGUUAAACUGAAAUUGAUUCCAGACCCAAAGAGCCACAGCAAACAGAAGACUAAGACCAUCCGCUCAACACUCAAUCCCGUCUGGAAUGAGAGCUUCACCUUCUCCGUGCGUGGUCACCAGUGGGACAGGCGUCUGUCUGUGGAGAUAUGGGACUGGGACCGGACGUCUAGGAACGAUUUCAUGGGAGCGCUGUCGUUUGGCGUGAGUGAGAUCUUCAGGCGUCCAAUCAGUGGUUGGUUCAAACUGCUGGCCCAAGAUGAGGGAGAGUACUACAACAUUCCUGUGCCAGACCCGGACCUGCAGGAGCCUCAGCCAGAUGCUACUACACCUUCUUUGCCUCAAGCGAUGCCUUCCCCGCUGUCUGAACCAUUUCCCGUGGCCCUGUCCCCGACCCUCAUUCCCUCCUGUCCCCCUGUCCACACUCCGGGCCCUGGCAAAGUUAAAGUGGGCAUCCACGAUUUCAACUUCCUCAUGGUUCUUGGAAAAGGCAGCUUUGGCAAGGUGCUGCUGGCAGAGGAGCGAGGCAGCGAGCGUCUGUUUGCCAUAAAAGUGCUGAAGAAAGACGUUCUCUUCCAGGACGAGGACACGGAGAGCGCUCUAGUAGAGAGGAGGGUUCUGGCGCUCCCUUCUCGUCCUCACUUCCUCACGUCCCUCUACUCCGCCUUCCAGACUGAGGACCGACUGUAUUACGUGAUGGAAUAUGUCAACGGAGGAGACCUGAUGUUUCACAUUCAGAUAGUUGGGAAGUUCAAAGAGCCUCACGCAGCGUUUUAUGCAGCAGAGAUAGCGGUCGGCCUCUUCUUCCUCCACAGCAAAGGCAUCAUCUACAGGGAUCUAAAGCUGGAUAAUGUGCUGCUCGACAGCGAGGGCCACAUAAAGAUAGCAGACUUUGGGAUGUGCAGGGAGGGCAUGUUCGAGGGCGACACCACACGUACCUUCUGCGGCACUCCUGACUACAUCGCCCCUGAGAUUGUGGCCUAUCAGCCCUAUAAUAAAGCAGUGGACUGGUGGUCUUAUGGAGUGCUGCUGUAUGAAAUGCUGGCAGGACAGCCGCCAUUUGAUGGCAUUGACGAGGAGGAGCUGUUUCAGUCCAUCAUGGAGCAGAGUGUCUCAUACCCAAAAAGUCUCUCUCGGGAGGCUGUAGCUAUCUGCAAGGGACUCCUGACAAAGCACCCGGCCAAGCGCCUGGGUGAAGGAGAAGAUGCAGAGAGGGAGAUCAGAGAGCAUCCGUUCUUCCGCUGGAUUGACUGGGACCGUCUGGAGAGACUGGAAAUCCCGGCACCUUUCAAACCCAGAACUGGUGGGAAAAAAGGUGAGAACUUUGACAAGUUCUUCACAGCUGCUCAAACGGCGCUCACCCCCUCGGACCCGGACAUACUCGCAGCCAUGAACCAGGAAGACUUCGAAGGCUUCUCCUUCAUCAACCCAGACUUUGCUCCGUCACCGCUCACCGCUGUUUGAAAACGGCUCCCAAAUCUGCUCCAGCCGCAGUUCCAAGUCUAGCCAGAUGAUCCUGUUAUCCUUCUGAUUGUAGUUUUAUAGCAGAGAAUUUGAACGUGAGAGCUAGCAGCGAGUAUUACACCUCUCAUAACCAAAUUCAGACGUUUACAUGAAAAUGCCAAGACACCUCGAUUUUCGGGCACUCUCUUUGAUGCAUGUCUAUUAACUCACUCAUCACAGAAUGUGUAUCAACACUGCAAACAUAGUCAGUACUAUGGACUGCCAUCUUAGACUUUUUUUAUAAGACUUAACUUGAUCUAAAGGUACUGUAGUAUGAACGUGAGAAAAAUAAUCUCUAUGCAUGCAGAUAGUUUUUAUAGCACUAGACUAUCCAAGGCAGAUACUUUACUUUCCUUUCCUUUAAGUAAAGUAGUCAUAUGUUAUGCACACGUGUUAUAUUUCACCAGUCAGGGUUUCAUUCAUGCAGCUACAAUGACCACACAGUAUGUAAAAGCAGGACAUCUCACCAUUUUGAUGCCAAUUCCAUCUUAGCAUUGUGUAUUGUCCAUUGCAAGUACUCAGCAUUAACAGCACUUAAAGGUUUCUUUCUGACUACCUACAGUAUCUCACUCUGGGGGGGUUUUUGUGCUCUCUAUUUUGGAUAAAUGACAUGUUGACUAUGAAGCAAAUUGAGCGGGGAGCCAUUUUUAGGUAUUUAUUUAUUUUAUAAGAGAGGCGUCCUGUGGAAGCGCUUAGUCAGACUCCUCUGACCUGGCUCGACCUCAAGGUUUAACGACUUCAGAUGACCCACUGAGAUGUUUAAACAAGGCAGUUAUCUCAAUGUGACAGUUAGGGUGGACCACAGCUCUGCUCCACCCACCCAGACUCACACUGUGUGGUGUGUAAUGUCACUGGAAGGGAGUCCUCAUUUGACAUUCACAGUUUAUCUGCAUUAUUAUUAUUUUUUUUAUUCUUGAGCACGCUAUGGAAUAUGGCCUUUCUGCAUUGCAACUACAAAUAUCCUAUUACUCCAAGUAAACAUUACAGUUUUAUCAAUAAAAGCCUCUUUUUAAUGUCUUUCCCAGACGAGAGGCUUGUUAGCUUGCACAGGUACAUAUACUUAUGAUUUUAAUGGUGUAUGCCGUAAAGCUUUUUGCUGUGUAAUCACGUGCUCACAGUAUUGAUUAGGAGUAAUUAAAAGUGAGGCUCACUGGGACUGUUCAAUACAUGGAAAAAUAACAGCAGUGCUGUCAUUAAGCCCUAUCUGAGCAGAGCAGGUGGCUGCAAACUUGCUGUGCAAAAAUCUCAUCCCCGUGCUCUUAUCUAAUGAACCAGCUGGUCAUUUUACACAUAAAUAUGGUUUAUUUCUUUGAUUCUUUUUUUCAUGUACAGUUUUGCUUUACAUCUGUUUGCCUGUUAUUUUAGAUCCGAUUGAGCCGAAGUCAGAUGUCAGUGCACACAAUCCCUCAGUACGAUAAUUACAAUAGAUGAUGAUCAAUAGUGCAAUAGAUCAUUGAUAGAUCAUGUAUCUGAUAGGUUUUGUUUUUAUGUGCUGGAAAAAGAAAAAGAAAAUAAAGUUGAUGGGAAAAAAUUAUGAAACAGCACCAGUGAAGUGUGUCUUUCUGUGAUGGCGUGUGAAGCUGCUGACAAACAAACAUGCACGGCCUCUCGCUUUGUCUUCACCACGAGCCUGCCUCCCUGUCACGCUCCCUCCACCCCCCUCCUCCCCGCACUUUCACACAUACUCACGCUCAAAAGUGCAAUCCCUGGCAUGUGAACACACUCACGCACGGAGAAGAUGCUGACCCCUCUGUUCAGUGGGCUACUGUAGCUGUUGAACCAGCAAAAACACCUCUCAGGCAUCUCCCUCCGUGCCCUCCUCCUCUGAAGCAGCCCCCACCCCCCCGGCCCCUCCAGCAUCACCAUGAUGGGACUAAUAUCCCUGUGGAGAUCUGAGUUAUAACAAGUUGACCUUCACAUUAAAAUCUCAUCAACUUCCCAUCUCCCUGUCUACUUCCCUCCCUUCUCUAUCUGCCCUUCAUGUCUGUUCCCCUCUGUUUGUCUUUUCUGUCAGUUCUGCACUGUAAAUGCUUUACUGCAUCGUUGUACAUCAUUCUUCAAUAAUCACCUGUCUAAAUUUAUUGUGUUGCUUGUAUCUCUUUGAAAUACUCCUGUUGCUGGCUCUUGAUAUGUGUAGCUUGUCUUCUCCUGGCCUCUACAUCAGUAUUAUGAUCUGAUUUACACUUAUACAGUAUUUUCUAUGCUAAUGGUGUUCAGGCAGUGGACAUGUAGGAGUAUAAUUUUGAGUGGACUAUAUCAUAUAAAAGCAUAUUUUAAUGAAAAAAAAAACUUCUUGAUCUUUGUGUUGAUUUAUUUCUUUAUUUUAAAAAAGCCAUACUUCAUACUUGCUUACGUUAAAGCGACUUUAAUCUGAAUAUACCUGAGGUAGAUAUGUUUGUAAUGACAGAUAAACCUUCUUAAUAGUCUGGGAUAUGUUUCUAAUCUGCAGUGCAGUCCUGAAGAGUGUCAAACAGAAAA